GGGUGCCCGCCGGGCGCUUCUCGGGCACUGUCCCGCCCGCCCGAGGGAGCCCCGUUCUCUCCGUCUGGGAGGCUCCCGCCGCUCGGGAGAUGCGGCGUGUGGGACAUGCCAUACCGCUCCUCUGGCGUCCCGGCUGCGGGGUGUGACCCGAGCCUGGCGGGAAGCUCCCAGGUGUCGGUCAUGGCAGGAUUUCCCAGAGCAUCCCGGCGUGUCUUUCGAGCAAUUAAUUCCACAAAGAAGCAUUGGCUUAAUGUGGCUGCACACAAAGUGAAGCAUUUCAACUGCAAAGAUGCAAGCAAAUUACUUUCGACUUCUGUUGAAGACUUCUGGGAAUUGCUAAUUUCAAAGGACACCUCUCUUCAGAAACAGUUUCAUAACUAUGUAAUGUAAAAUACAAAGUUUAAGAGUGAGCCAGUUCUGCAAGUCAAAGAAGCUGGGAGUAGAAAAAAGCAAGAUGAAUGCAUCUGGAGGAAGCUGUGGGAGCCCCAGUUCUGCAGAACCUGCAGGAGAUUUCUUCAAAGAACUGUGGUCCAAACUGAAAGAGUGUCAUGAUAAAGAAGUACAAGGCUUACAGCUGAAAAUAUCUAAGUUGAAAAAGGAAAGAUGCUUGGAUGCAGAGAGGCUUGAAGAGUUCUAUACCAAGAACCAACAGCUCAGAGAACAGCAAAAAGCACUUCAUGACACUAUCAAGGUUUUAGAAGACAGAUUAAGAGCGGGGUUAUGUGAUCGUUGUGCUGUAACCGAAGAACAUAUGAGAAAAAAACAGCAAGAGUUUGAAAAUAUCCGGCAGCAAAAUCUCAAACUUAUUACUGAGCUUAUGAAUGAAAAAAACAACUUACAGGAUGAGAAUAAAAAGUUGACUGAACAGUUCCAGCAAUUACAGAAGGAGCUAGAGGCGCAAAAGCAGCAAGCAGUGGAGGCAGAAGAAGGAGUCAUUCCAGAUUCUCCAGUUCUAACAUCUUCAUUUUCUGUGGUUAAUCGUAUGAGAAGAAAAAAAGAGAAUAGGCAUGUCCGAUAUACAGAACAUACACCCCCAGAUAUGGAACUUAGGGAAACCAACAGUGAGUAUGGAAAAAUUCCACUCUUUUCCACACAAGUGAACACUCACCAUGGAGGAGAGAUACUAGUGGCAGAUACCUGUGAUCCACAACUGUCCCCUGUGCCAAGUAAACCAAGGGUGGGAGGACACCCUGUUCCAAAGCCAUCUUUUAACUUGGCUGCAGUUGUCGCAGAAACCAUUGGACUUAGUGUUGAAGAGGAACCUGAGUCCCAGAGUGUCCUGAAUCUUCCCCUCACUAAUACGGUUAUGAGCCAGGCCUCAGAGAGCGUGCAGUCUGAAGACUCAAGAAAACAUCCAGCUUCUGAAUCAAGAAAUGAUGACAACAAUUUAGGUAUUUCAGAUCCAUCUCAUAUCACUCCACCACAUGAUGGCUGGGAUUCUCGGGUAGCUUCUCCUGUAUUUGGAACUUCUAGCAGCAUGAAGAACAACUCAAGUACAGUUCAUGCUCCUUGUGUUUUAGAUUCAGGAUUGAAGCCUCAUCUCAAAACCAACCUCUUCAACAAUCCAUCCAAUUCCAGAUCUCAUAAAAGUAGAUCAAAAUCUGAAGAUGUUGCUUUUGUUGCGCCGCUGAAUCUUGGGACAGAAAUCAACUCAGUUAUCAGCCAGGCCUGUGCCCAUAGACAAAUGAUUGUGAAGAGGAAUUCUAAUGAGGCUGUAACCUGUGUUGGAAACACCUGCACAGCUAAAAACGAGGUGAUCCAGAGUGAUGUCCUUCCUGUGUACCAGAAGCAGCUGGAAGGCAGGUGUGCUAAGAGAAAGAAAGCUGAAGAUGACCAUGCAGUUAGCUGUGAGAAAGCAUUCAGCAAAGAGAACUCUGUGCUCUUGCGAUCCGACAUUCAGCAGGUGAAUGGGGAGCAUGCGGGUGAUAAACCCUUGGAUCUGUCUGAUCGCUUCUCUGGAGCCCGUGGUCAAGAGAAAAAACAAGGAGCUGAGGAGACAUAUAAAAAUAGACUGAAGCAAGUGACCCUGCGUGACAUUUUUUCACACAUAGGGAAGACCAUUCCUGAAGGUUCAUCAUCCAUUCAAAAUGCCAGCAAUGAGAGCUGUUUGUUUCGCAGAGAUUUACAAAAGGAAUCCUAUGUACAAGAGGCAAUGCUGGGAAAAACAUUCCCUGACAGGAAAAACCAGAUCCCAGUGAAAGAAGAAGUUCCUCCCUUCAAAUUUGCACCACUGCCAAGUUCUGCAGAUACAGAGGAACUUUUUGAUGAUGUAAAGGUUGCCAGUGGCCAUGUACCAAAUAGAAAGAAAACAAGGACAGGACAUGGAGAGUCUGAACCAGCAUCUGUACUUCAGCCAAACCCUUGUAGACUAUCAAAAACUAAAGCACAGCAAAAUGAGCAAGACCUGAAAGAUAAACCCUCUUUAGAAAACUUCCAGUGGAGCAUAGACCCAGGAGCUGACCUUUCACAGUACAAAAUGGACAUUACUGUGAUUGAUACAAAGGGUGGUUCUCAGACCAGAGUUGGAGGGGAAGUUGUUGAUAUGGAUUAUACAUAUGUUAGUGACAGUGUGCUAUUAAAAAUGAAAAAUCAAGAGCAAAAUCAGGAAAGCAGUCCACGGGGAGAAAUAACAGAUAUGUUUGAUCAGACAACCCAUGAAGAAUAUGAAUCCUGCCUACCAGAAGAUAGUACUUCUGCAUGUGAUGAAAAAGAAAUUCUCCAUGAUGAAGAGCAGGAUAAGGGAAUAACAGCAGCCAGCAAGAAACUAAAGGAACAUGAGGAUAAACAAGAUAAAGCCAAGCAAAAAGCUUUUGUGGAGCCUUAUUUCAAAAGUGACGAGAGAAAGAAUACUGUGUUAGAUUUUCCUCAUAUUGAGGUCAUUCGAAAAAAAGAAGAAAGAAGAAAAUUACUUGGCCACACUUGUAAGGAAUGUGAAAUAUAUUAUGCAGACAUUCCAGAAGAAGAGAGAGAGAAGAAACUAGCUUCCUGUUCAAGACACAGAUUUCGCUACAUUCCUCCAAGUACUCCUGAAAAUUUCUGGGAGGUUGGAUUUCCUUCCACCCAAACCUGUGUGGAAAGAGGCUACAUUAAAGAGGAUCUUGCUCCCUGUCAACGUCCAAAAAGGCGGCAGCCUUAUGCUGUAAUGUUUUCUCCAAAAGGCAAAGAGCAGAAGACAUAAAGGAUGGGGAAGUAAGGAGUGCCAGCCUGAAGUGUAUCUUUCCUGUCUGUAGAUAUUUAUAGUUAAUAUAAACCUGAAAUAAAGAACUGUGUUUCCCACAAUGAUAGAUAAAUGGUUUAAUUGAAUAUAUAAGUUUUAUAAAAUUCAUUUGCAAGUCUGAUGUAUCAGGAAACAACACUAUUUAAUGUAUGUUUGUUUCAUAUUGUGUUAAUACAUUUUGUAUUCGUUUUUUGCACCUGUCAGACAAGUGUCCUACUUCUUUUUCUUUAAGACCAGCAGCUGAAAUUCCAGCACUCUGCCUGAACUUUGUGUCAGUGAGUAACUGCUUUGAAGUCACUGAAAUCAGUUGUUCUUGCAAGGGUAAAUGUCUGUCAAUGGGAACAGAAAUUACAAUUUUCUUGGAUGCUUUUAUUUUGCUCUGGAUUUUCUUGUAUUUUUUUUCUCUUGUUGCAAAAAUGGUUAUAUCUACUUGGAAUAAAGCUGUUUUAAAUAUGGAA